AUGGCGUCCACCUUGGAAUCUGAAGCCUCAUUCAAGGCCAGAGCAAAGGAGAUUGGUUUGGCCGAGACAGUUGUGAAUGAACUGGUCGCAAAUGGCGUGAAAUCUUUCGGAUCAUUGGCCUUCAUCACCCCCUAUCGACCGGGCCAGCCCGGCGAGGCCCCACUGAUAGAGGCUUUAAAGAAGGCGCUGAAUAGGGACCCAACAAACCCAGAGUUGAUCAUUUUGAGACGCUUGUUUUUCGAGAGUUGCGCAUUAGCUUUGUCCGACAUGAAGCAGCGCACUGAACGGGAUGACACUUCAGAACCAACAAGGAUGCCAGUCGCUGAAAGAAACGCACGGUUGAGUGAUCAGAAAAACCGACUUACUGGUCUCCAUUUUUCUCCAGAGAAUGAGCCGAGUCACAAGCUGGUCGACAUGAUUUGUCAGAUGGGGGUUGAUCAAACUCUUGAAUGGAUCCCUUGGGAGAAGUUGACUAGCCGUGCAGCCGAAAUCACUCACUCGCAGAAGGACUUCAAGAUCUCUUUCGACUCCCAAGGUGGAUUGAAAGUUGCACCCAAGCAUCAGACACCAGAUGCAGUCAUCACAGGAGAGAUGAAAGUCCGUCAAGCCCUCAAUCGUCGCGCCAGAGCUCUCGAUUUAGCAGCAAUUUGUGGCUACAACAAAAUGGAGGAAUGGCGUGAACGUGUUUUUGAGAUUGUAGGCAGAGAACCAGCUCCCAAUGCCUUGCCAGUUUCGUUGCAUCAGGUGAAAGAAGCGGACAAGGCCUUGUUCCGGCGAUUGGCAGAGAAAACGCGAGGUGGCCUGGUGAGACUUGCAGACGGGACCAAGCCCAUGGAGAAAGAAUUUGAGGAUUGUAUGAACCACCCUGAGGUCCAGUUUUGUUUGAUCCCCAUGGUUCGAACAGGAAAAUCUGCCAAUGAGAACAAUCAUGUAAGUUAUGCGAACCCUUCAAAAGGGAAGGGAAAAGGACAUGGUGUGAAGAAGGACUUCAACAAGGACAAGGGCGCAGGGCAGCAGUUGCAGUUGCCUCCAAAUUGCAAUCAGAUGACAAAGGAUGGAAAGCCCAUUUGUGAAAGCGAGUACCCGCUGCUCCUUUGUCAGCGAUUCGUUGCACUCAUCAAGAGCCACUUGGUGUCAACAUUUUCCUUCAAUCCGCAAGUCGCGCAGCCUGGAGCGCACCAGCAAUCUCGCAAGCAUCGAGCUUUGAUUCCCGAAUACCAUAGGUUCCAUUUGUCAUUGCCAGAGCACGCCAGAGAAGUGCUGAAAGGUAAGAGAUUGCUCCUGUUCAAACAUUUGCUCCAAGAAUCCGGGUGCCCUGACCUGGAAGCCUUCGACUUAAUGCAGGGAGUACAUCUCGUGGGGGUGGCAACAAGAUCGCCCUUUUUCGGAGACAAAAUUGUGCCAGCUACCACCACGCCAGAGUUUGCUGUGUUGUCAAACAAAUGGCAACGGAAAAAGAUCGAAGCAAAGAACAUCCAUGCUGACGAUCCCGAGCUGUCAAAAACCCUAUGGGAAACGAUUAUGCAGGAAGUUGACCGGGGGUUUUUGCAAGGGCCGUACGAGUCGCUUGAAGAGGUGCACCAAGUCUUGGAGGCCAAAGGCACAGUGUGUAGUAGAAGAUUUGCCAUAAUGCAGAGUGGGAAACCUCGCAUAAUCGACGACUUGAAGGAGAGUGGUGUAAAUAGAGCUUUCACAGCAGUAGAUCGCUUGACCUUGCACGACAUUGAUUAUGUGACUUCCUUUUGCCAUUUCAUCACAACUACCAUCAAACAUGCUUUGGAAUCCUCGGAGAAAACAGUAGAAGUGAAGUUGAAGGAUGGUUCAAUUCUUCGAGGUUCAUUGCAUUCAGACUUCCAUGAGCCAUGCGUGUGGAAGGGCCGUUGUAUUGACCUUUCAAAGGCAUACAAGCAGAUCCCUGUCAGCAGCCAGUCCAGGAAGUUUGCAGUGCUGAUGGUGCACCAUUUCGAGACAGAGAGGCCUGUGUAUUUCCUGAGCCGAAGCUUGCCCUUUGGGGCAAGUGCGAGCGUUUUUGGUUUCAACCGCAUCUCCAAAAGUUUGUGGCACAUUGCUACGAAAGGAUGCUUGAUGAUGGGAGGCGUGUUUUUCGAUGACUUCCCUAUCGUAGAGCCGGAGUCCUUGUGCUCCCUUGCAUCGAAAUCGGUAGAGGGUUUGCUGAAAGCUUUGGGGUGGCAAUAUUCAGAUGAUCCGAAGAAAGUCGUUCCCGUCGAUUAUGCCUUUGACGUGCUUGGAACCAGGAUUGAUGUUUCAGGACUGCAUGGAAGAUCUUUCAGCUUAGAAAACAAACAGUCAAGGUUGGAAAGAAUAGAUGCCUUGCUGAAAGAAGUGCAAGAAGCAGAUGCGAUUUCCAAACGACAAGCUCAGGUGAUCCACGGAAACUUGAACUUCGCGAUGAGCUUCUUUUUGGGACAUACCAUGAGAAUUGCUGCCAGAGCGUUCGCUGCCCUUACGAUGGACAAUUGCAAACCGGCUCCAGGCCAGAUCACUGACCUGUGUACAUGGGCCAGGGGGGUUUUGCAGUUUUUGGCACCAAAGGUCAUAGAUCCCAGUGGUGAUCCCAGACCGGUUGUCCUUUUCACAGACGCUGUGUAUGAAGAUGAUGUAGCGACUUGGGGAAUGGUUUUGCUGGACCCUGUCACCGACACCAGAACCGCUGUGGGUGGCCGAGUUCCAGACUUCCUUGUGCAGAAAUGGCAUGCAUUGGGGAGUGAUCAGGUGAUAACGCUUGCCGAAGCUUUUGCCGCGUUGCUGGCGCGAAUUGUCUUCAGAAGCUAUAUAUCUCAACGGAGAGUCUUGAUUUUUGUAGACAACGAAGGAGCUCGUCACUGCCUGAUCAAGGCUACAAGCCAAACGUUAGCUUUGUUGCAGAUAGUACAACUUUUCCAUGGCUGCGCUGAAGUUGAUCGCUGCAUACCUUGGAUAGAACGAGUGCCGUCAGCUUCGAAUGUUGCAGACUUGCCAAGUCGAAACAAGACUGAAGAAGCCAUGGCCAUAAUAGAUGGCAGUCCUUGGACCUCAGAAGUGGAUGUAGAAGCUGUGGCUGAGAUGUGUUGCAAUUUCAAUGGAUUGCCCAGGAUCCUAACGAAACUUACAUGCAAUGCCUUUGAAGCCUCUUUUGAUCCACUUUUACAUGACGACAACACAGGGGACUAAACGGGUCAUGUGCCAUGGCAACACCCAACUGCUUGGUUGGAACCAGCAAGGCACUUUCAUUCCAACAAUGGAUAACACAUCCAAAACAUGUUGUGAGACCGAAUUCUCCCUUGACCAAUCAACUGAUUGAAUGCAGAAAAGAUUAAUAAAUAAUAAAAUAGUAUAAAUCUUUAAAAGAUUUAUAUAAGCUUUGAAUAUAUUUAAUGGAUUUAUAUAUUCAAAUCUCCUGGGUAUAUUCUUAUAUGAACCCCUGAAACGAGUAAAGACGGUGCACAUACCCAAAGGGGAUGAAGCAGUCUUUUAGAGUUUCACAGAGGCAAAGCAGAUUGCCUCGGGGGUGAAAAAAAAAGAAAAAAAGGAAAAACUUUUCCAAACAACUGUACUUUGGAAACCGGACCGAACACCUUUGUCGGUAAAAAAAAGAAAAUAGAAAAGUUGAAACAACUCAAAAGACCUUUGCCCAUUUUGUCCACAGCCAUAUUGUGUUACCCACGCAGUUUGGCUGGGAGGGUGAGGAGGGCAAUGGCCCUUUUUGUAGUUUCAAUCAUUGGCCCACCCAAUUUGUCAACUGCUUCCUUGCCAAAUUUUCC